AAUCUAGGAAGAGAUGAAAUGAACUUUGCACUUGCAAAUGUCACUGAAUACAUUUUGCACAGGAUUUUAAAAGGUUCUCUUAUAAGCACUAUUUUUAACAGCCAAAUCCGCCCCCCCAAACGAAAAGGAAAAAGCCCUAGGUAUUUUUCUGUGGUCGAUCUCAGUUAUCAUCAAUUGAAGCCUCUCUCACAACAUUUACCUGAAGUCUGGCUUAUUUUACCUUUUUAUCAUUCAAGUUGACUUUUUUUUUUUGGAGGUGGUGUGGAUUUUUUUUUUUUAUUUUUACUUUUUGCCUUUUUACUGGCAUGAGAAAAUUUGAGAAUUUAAUUGCACUAGAAUACUUGGAAGCAGCGAGGCUGCAAGCUUGAAAGGCAGAGGGAAGAGAAGGAAGGCUCUCACAGCAGAGCAUGGAUAGGAAAGGAGCCGUGAUUCUGCGGUGCUCAGUGUGCACAUGUUUUAUGAGAUCAGUGCCGGGCGCUGCAGCUGCGGACAAUAACUGAGCUGUCUGGCUAAUGAAGGCCACCUGGAUCAGGCUUCUGAAAAGAGCCAAAGGAGGACGUCUGAAGAAUUCUGAUAUCUGUGGUUCGGCGGACUCCUACACCAGCCGUCCAUCCGAUUCAGAUGUAUCUCUGGAAGAAGACAGGGAAGCAGUGCGGAGAGAGGCAGAGCGACAGGCCCAGGCACAGCUGGAAAAAGCAAAGACAAAACCUGUUGCAUUUGCAGUUCGGACAAAUGUUGGUUACAGUGCAGCUCAUGAUGAUGAUGUUCCAGUCCCAGGCAUGGCCAUCUCAUUUGAGGCUAAAGAUUUUCUUCACGUUAAAGAAAAAUUUAAUAAUGACUGGUGGAUAGGACGGUUGGUAAAAGAAGGCUGUGAAAUAGGAUUCAUACCAAGCCCAGUCAAACUAGAAAACAUGAGGCUGCAGCAUGAACAAAAGGCAAAGCAAGGGAAAUUCUACUCCAGUAAAUCAGGAGGAAACUCUUCAUCCAGUCUGGGUGAUAUAGUUCCUAGUUCCAGAAAAUCGACGCCUCCAUCAUCUGCUAUAGACAUAGAUGCCACUGGCUUAGAUGCAGAAGAAAAUGAUAUUCCAGCAAACCAUCGCUCCCCCAAACCCAGUGCAAACAGUGUAACAUCACCCCACUCCAAAGAGAAAAGAAUGCCCUUCUUUAAGAAGACAGAGCACAUCCCUCCCUAUGAUGUAGUGCCUUCUAUGCGACCAGUAGUUUUAGUGGGGCCUUCUUUGAAGGGAUAUGAGGUAACAGAUAUGAUGCAGAAAGCAUUAUUUGAUUUUUUAAAACAUAGAUUCGAAGGGCGUAUAUCAAUUACACGAGUCACAGCAGACAUCUCGCUUGCCAAACGCUCCGUAUUAAAUAACCCCAGUAAGCAUGCGAUAAUAGAGCGAUCUAACACGAGAUCAAGCUUAGCUGAAGUUCAGAGUGAAAUUGAGCGGAUUUUUGAAUUAGCAAGGACACUGCAGUUGGUAGUGCUUGAUGCUGAUACCAUUAAUCACCCAGCACAACUGAGCAAAACCUCUCUGGCGCCCAUUAUAGUAUACGUAAAGAUUUCUUCUCCUAAGGUUUUACAGAGGUUAAUAAAAUCUCGAGGGAAAUCUCAGGCCAAACACCUUAAUGUUCAGAUGGUGGCAGCUGAUAAACUGGCACAGUGUCCUCCAGAAAUGUUCGAUGUAAUUCUUGAUGAGAACCAGCUGGAAGAUGCUUGUGAGCACCUUGCUGACUAUUUGGAAGCCUACUGGAAGGCCACACAUCCACCUAGCAGCAACCCUCCUAACCAGCUUCUCACUCGCACACUUGCAACAGCCACUCUUCCUAUUAGUCCAGGUCCAAAUAUUAAUUUACAGGGAUCUCAAGGAGACCAGAGGAAUGACCAUUCAGUCCCUGAACGCAGCGGUUCACAAAUUGAAGAGGAAGCACGGGUUGAACCCAUCAAGAAAUCCCAGCAUCGCUCUUCAACCCAACACCAUAACCAUCGCAGUGGUGUUAGAGGCCUUUCUAGGCAAGAAACUUUUGACUCAGAAACACAAGAUAGCAGAGAUUCAGCUUACAUAGAGCCAAAGGAGGACUACUCACAUGAGCAUGGUGACCACUAUGAUUCUCACAGGGAUCACAAUCACAGAGACGAGUCCCAUGGGAGCAGUGAUCACAGACAUAGAGAAUCAAGGCAUCGCUCAAAGGAGAGGGACCGGGAGCAGGACCACAAUGAAUGCAACAAACAACGUAGUCGUCAUAAAUCGAGGGACCAAUAUUGUGACAAGGAUGGAGAAGUGAUAUCUAAAAAACGUAACGACGCAGGAGAAUGGAACAGGGAUGUUUACAUCCGUCAGUAACUUUUGCCUCUGGCACUCUUGUGUUUCUUUGAAGUCUUGUAACAAUGCCCCUUGAAAAUAUCUUUGGGUUGUUCAUUGCAGAACAUAUGGUAUCCUUCUGUAUGCUGAUUUGUAUUGCUGUUGCUUGCAUAGCAAUAGCAUGAAAUAGAAUAUUCAUAUACUUAUUUUUUUGGUUAGUGCUAUAUGAAUUAGUGUAGUACAACUGCAGAGUCCCUGAUGUUGUACUAUGCCGUUUUUCAAGCUGUUUUUUGGUAGCUGCCACUUGAACAAUAUCUGUUGCCAUCAAGGUGUUGUUAGUGUUUUUUAAAAAAGAGAAAGGUACAUUUGAUGUUUAAUAACUUCCCGUGUAUUCAGCAAGCAAGAAUCAGCACAUAAAAAUCUAAAACUUUUUGUCUGCUCUGAUUUUUAAUUUGUAAUGCACUUGAUUUGCAUAUUGAUUUAAAAGCCACUAUCUGUUGCUUGUACCUCUGGUGGUCUCCAUUUGAGGACGGAAUUCAGUCUUGCCUUACACACAGGGGAUCAUAAAGUCAAAAUCAAUUUUCUAUGUACUGGUACUGUGUACUGUAUAUACAGUUUAUAAAUGUUCUUUCUGCCGACACCUUCUUACUAUAUAAGUUUGAUCACACUGUUUUAGAGUCCUAAUGCCAAGUCAGCAGAUUUGCUUUUGAAUUACUGGCAACUGGAACUAGCCUCAUUUAGGAAAUCUGUAACAGUGUUCAACCUAAAUACUUUUUCUUCUGUAGCAGAAAGCUUAUACUUCUGUAAAUACGAAUGAGUGCUUGAGACAGAGGAUCUAACCAACUCUUAUACCUUAUGCUGUCCUUGCAAACCCAACUUUGCAUUUUAAAUUUUUGGUAAAGAUAACUAGUUUACCGCUAUAAAUUAUUCUUCUCCGUACAGGUCACAAAAUUGCAAUGGACACAACCUAAUUUUUGUUCUGUUUUCAGAAAAAUAGAGCACACGUGAUGGAGGUGUGUAUGUGAGUGGGUGGGCGAUGGAUGGACAUACGUGUGCAUGUGCACGUUAGGCAGCAAAGUGUGAAAAUCUACUGAAAAAAACAAAGGUUACUCAAAAGCCCAACAUGUUUGUUUCUUCACUCUAUUGUUAGUUUAAAAAUCCAAAUUGCAGUCAGGGAAUAUGAGGGAGUUUACUGACCCAGGUAAUUGAGAAAGCAUAAAUCUGCUGGCUCUUGUUCAGACUUCAAGAGAGUAAAAACAGGCAAAUGUUACUGUGAGUGUUUCACUGGAAAUGUAAAAUCUUUGUGUUUUAGAGUAUUUGUUUUAGUAAGAAAAGUUUACACAGCUUGUGGAGAAUUAUUUUGUUGGAAAAUAAAUUUUUGUAGCUUCUCCACUUUUUCUACACUUGCCAAUUCCUCUGCAUUCCCACUUUGCAGCCAGCUCACUGCUUUUCCUUCACGUAAAAUGUGCUGCCAGUGAGAGCUUAGAAAAACGUGACAAAAUACUCUGUUGUGAGCUUACUAGAGAAAAUGCAUUGAAAUCAAAAGGAGUGAAAACAGUUUGUUUUGUAUUGAACACCUGUUGCACUGGUAAGUGAGGGGAAAUUCAUAAUUAUUUUUGGCUACAGGUUCCAUACCCUUGCCUAGUGUAAAGGCUGUUCUGCAUCACAUAUAGUCUUUGUAGUAAUUGUAUGAAUGAAAUACUUUUUGUAUUUCACUGUAAAUAUCACAUUAUAUAAAGACUGUAGUGGGAUAAUAAUUCAUUUAGCUGGAAUUUCUUUUUAUUUAUUAUUUUAAUUCUGGGAAUAUCAGCAUUGCCUGAUUUUGAAUAUCAUUUUAGUGAAAUGGAGGUGCAUGCUUUCUCUAGCAUCCAAGCAGUUCAGUUUGACUCUCUCACAUACUUUGCUCUCCCUCCUGCUUUAUGUGCAUUUUUUACAACCAAGAGUGUGAAAUUCUGCUGUCAGGUAUUUGGAUGUUCCUCCUAGUGCUGCUGACUGUUGUGGUUAUUCAAGGGUAGUAGUUGGUUCAAAGCAUGAACUGUGGGGAACACAAGGGAAAAGGUAUAUUUUCUAGAAACAAAAUUCUCAGCAUUUCUCUAAACAUCUAAAUGACUUUGUAGACAAAGGAAGCAUAGGUAAGUAGACCUGCUGUAUUACUCAAUGGAUAUAUAAGAAUAUAUAAAAAGUGGCUUUUGAUACGAGGGGAUUAUCAGGGUAUCAGUGGAGAAAAACAUUGAAAGAGUUUGUUAUUUGAAUCAUAUCAGAUCGCAUUUUAAUGCAAAAAGUUAUAUUGUCUUGCUCUAUAUAGCCUGGCUUUAGGUAUUUUGCCAGCUUCAGAAACUGCUAUUGCUCCCUACAACUGUUACAUGACAGUUUUGUCCUGCAAGAAGUGAUGUAUAGAUUCCGCUACAAUACCUUGAAUGUUUUUUGUUCUUUUCUUUUUUAAAAUUUGCUACAGGAGGUGUUAAUUUUCCACCUUUCUUAAAUUAUUUUGAAGGAGUGUUUGGCAGAAUUUCAAAGCAGUGAGCAGCAUAUUAAAACCAUGGAUUAAGGUAGCCAUGUACAGACAAAUAAAGAGAAAAUAAAGAGCACAGUCCAAGCCCUAAUAUUUAAGUAUGGUCUAGAUAUUGAUGUAUGGAAUAUAAAUAUCUUACAAAGAAAGGCAUGUCCCUGUCCAGUUAAUGAGUUAUCUUUUGUAUACUUCAACUAACAAUGUAUAGGCAACAUACUAACACAUUUCUUAGGCAGACAGUAGGUUUAUUUUAGCCUUGCUAAGGUAUUUUUCUUCAGUUAUUAAGAGUGACAAAUCAGUUGUAAUGUGAGCUUGUACUACAGAUUUUGCACAAUACCACCUGCCUGCUGAGCACUACUUUGAAAAGCACUUUAACAGAAUUAUUUCAACAAGAAGCUUUAAAAAUACUCCAGCUGGAGGACAUAUCAAAGGUUAUUGUGAUGAAAUGUCUUUGCAGAGUUUUGCAAAUAGAAAGUUUAAUAUUGUUUGCAUUGGGAUACUAAUGAGUUCAUAUUUCUGUAUCUGGUUUCAGGAGCUUUGAAUCUGAGGAAUGCUAGAGGUCCCAGUGAGCUCCAGUCUUCUUAUGUAUGUGUGGUACAAAAUAACCUGUAAAAUUUCUAUUCAAAUGAAUCAGAAAGAUGAUAAACUCAAUGAGUGAGAAGGGAGGACAAUAAAACAGUUGAGUGAUACAUAGGUCUUGUCACCUCUACUCUAUAUUUUUCUAAAGGAUUACAGUAUAUGGAAGGAAUGUGAUACAAUUUAACAUUUCUCUGUAUAUAUGUUAGGUGUUAACUUUUUUUGUAUGUCUUUUCAAAUGAGUACACAUCAGUGUUGUUCAGCAGCUCAAGUCUAUCAGUUUAGUAUCACAGACAUCACGGAAGAAAGGAUUCUUGAGGAGGGGUUGGAAGGAGGUGGGAGUAACAGUCUCCAGACCUGUAAAGGAACAGGACAGCGGGGACAAAUAAGCAACAGGUUUAUACAGUUAGCAUCACUAGGUGUUAAGAGUUGGAAGAAACUAUUUUGAAAUAGGUUCAUAAAUUUUAUCCACUGACUAGGAAUUGAAAAAUUAAUUUAC